AGCCCUAAAAAGAUUAAAAUUGACUAUGAGGAUGCUUUGCAUCACAUUGUCGUUCCUGAUGAUUAUAGUCUUCCCAAAGAAUUUGAAGAAUUCCAUGUCGCCGAGUUUGUGAAGGGCUUGAAACAUGUCAUAAAGCAGGACAAAUCCUUGUAUCGCGCGGUCGUGAGAGAAAACUUUAAUUCAUUUGCUAGAACUACAGAACCAAAGAAAGAGGGUCACGAAUUGAUUCUCAGUUACUGGUAUGCAUUGAUUUCAAGUGUAAUUGGCCAACAAAUAAGUGGCCAUGCUGCUCGUGCUGUCGAAAAGAAAUUCAAGGAUCUGUUCGGGGAUGAUGAAAUGAACCCAGAAAACACUUUAAAAAAGUCCUUCGACGAAUUGAGGGCUGUUGGAUUGUCUAAUAUGAAGACAAAAUAUGUGAUCAGCAUCAGUGAAGCAUUUAGUGACCCGAAGAACAAGCUUACCGAUCCAAAAUUUUACGAGGGUCCAUUGGAGGAAAUUGUUGAAGAAUUGGUGUCAUUGAAAGGUAUUGGAGUUUGGUCCGCCAAGAUGUUCGCAAUUUUCACAUUAAAGGAAAUGGAUGUAUUUGCUGAAGAUGAUCUUGGUGUUGCCCGUGGCAUGGCCAAAUAUGUUGUUCGUCGUCCUGAGGUUUUGGAAGAAGUCAAGCGCCUAGCAUCAACCGACGAACAGGUCAAACUAUUAUUGAAGAAGAAGGCGAAGUUUGCAAAGAAAGACUCUAGACGUGACUGGACCCCUCUCCACGACGAGUACGUCAAAUUGGCCGCUUUGAAAUACAGUCCUUACCGUACAGCUUUGAUGAUGAUCCUCUGGAGAAUUGGUUCUACAAACCUUGAUGUAUUCACUAACUAA